CUCCAUCGCUUCGCCAAGAUCCGUUUCCUGCGCCUGCCUUGAUGAUUCCAUGUCGUGUUAGACACACAAAACCCAUCAUCGGUCUCCGCGCCCUUCACUCCCACUUCCUCCUUUGCUAUCUCCCUCUGCCUCAAAUACUCCACGUUUCCGUCCGCCUCCCCUCAUGGAUUUCUUGCCACGCAACCCCAUGCGGGUUCAUCAAAACCCCUUCAUCUUCCAGGACCCGCAGAGCAUCCCAUGUCCACGCUUGGCAUUUGUACAGCCUUUCUCGAGGGAAGAGCCUCUUUGGCCCAUCGAACUGUUUCUUAGGCGCGGGCAAGGCAGCACAGAUGCGGUCGAUGCAGUUGAAAUUCCCGGCUUCAACCGUCCCAAGCAAUGUCUUCCCGAGGAAGUAGUCUUCAUCCCGAACAUAACGAAAGUCGUACGUCAUGCCUUGGGCGAUGCUGCCCUUGACUUGGUAGAGGAAGCCCCGUGGUUUCGUAUCGGGCGUGGUAGCAUGGAAUGCCGCGUGUUCAACUAAGAUGGCGUGGUGAUCCCCCUUGCCUCCCCCGAGUGACUCGGCGAGGUAGACAUUGUAUGAC